ACAUUAUCUUACUCAAGACCUUUCGAAAAUACUCUUCAUUUCCAUUUCCAUCUAUUGACUGUGAGAGAUUCCCUUGUCAAGUUAUUACUUUAAAUUUAAUUUUAUACAAUAAAAUGGAUACUCCUGAGUUGACUGAAUAUGAAUCCGCACCAAGUGUUCGUGUCCAUAAACGUGAGACAAAGCACAGAAUAUUCGUCAACCGGAGCUUGCAGCUAGACAAGAUAAAGUUUUUUGGAUUCGAUAUGGACUAUACUCUAGCACAGUAUAAAUCACCACAAUAUGAAGAGCUUGCAUUUAAUAUUAUAAAAAACCGGCUGAUAAAACUUGGCUAUCCUCCGAAAACUUCCGAUUUUGUUUAUGAUCCCUCGUUCCCACUGAGAGGCCUAUGGUUUGAUCGGCUUUAUGGUACUCUGUUAAAAAUGGACCAGUUUGGCAAUAUUCUUUCAUGUUUACGUGGAUUUAAUUUUAUCCAAAGGGAAGAACUUCGAUCAAUGUAUCCAAAUAAGUUUGUGAAGUACGAUGAGAAACGAAUUGAAAUAAUGAACACUUUAUUCAGUCUUCCAGAAACUUACAUACUCUCGUGUAUAAUCCAUAUGUUCGUCAACGAUCCUGAUUAUAUAAAAGUUGAGCAUGGUGUCAAAAAAGGAUCUCUGUAUAUGUCAUACGCUUCAAUUUAUGAAGAUGUGAGAACCGCUUGUGAUUGGAUGCAUAGAGGAGAACUAAAACAACGUACUUUGGCAAAUAUUGGUGAAUAUGUUGAAAGAGAUCCUCGUUUAUGUACUUUGUUAGAUCGGCUACGAGUGAAUGGUGCAAAAGUGUUUUUGUUAACGAACAGUGACUUUGAGUACUCUCAUGCAAUUAUGAGCUUCAUUUUGGGAGGUCCAAGACCUGAUGGUACAAUUCGUAAAUGGACAAGUUAUUUUGAUUACAUUGUAACUGACGCAAGAAAACCAGCAUUCUUUCAAGAAGGAACAAUUUUAAGAGUUGUUUGUCAAGAUACUGGGCAGCCCAGUAUUGGUCAUCAUAUGGGUCCUUUAGAAACUGGUCAAAUAUAUUCCGGAGGAUCAUGUGAAGUUUUUUCUCAUUUAAUUGGUGCUCGUGGUAAAGAUGUUUUAUAUGUUGGUGAUCAUGUUUAUGGUGAUAUAUUAAAAUCGAAAAAAACUGUCGGUUGGAGAACAUAUUUAAUUAUACCAGAAUUAGCAAAUGAAAUUUAUGUAUGGAAAAAAAAGAAAUCAUUAUUUGAUGAAUUACAAAAAAUUGAUAAUAAUUUAGAAACAAUCUAUCGUGACUUGAAUAUCUCAUCCAAUAUAAGACCGGAUGUUGGAAAUUUACAGAGAAAAAUUCGGGCUGUGGCUCAACGAAUGGAAGAAUCAUAUGGUGCAUUGGGAAGUAUUUUCAGAAACGGUUCUCGUCAUACAUUCUUCUCAUCUCAAGUAUUACGUUAUGCUGAUUUAUAUUCUUUCUCUUGUAUUAAUCUGAUCUACUACCCUUUAUGUUAUAUGUUUCGUGCACCAGCUAUGCUUAUGCCUCAUGAAUCAACUGUAUCUCAUGGUGAUUCACCAAAAGAUAGUUUUUCGGAUUUAGAUGCUUUACCAUGUGGACUUCGUCGACGUACUAAAAAUGAAAUCAAUCCAUUAUCAACGGACAUAAAUGGUCUUAACUCUACUUUGGAGAGUUCACUUUAUUGUAAAAGUAAGAAUAAUAAUACUAUUUGUGAAUCUGAUGAAGAACAGGAUGAUUCACUUGAUUCCGAUUAAAGUUAUUGAACUUCACUAAAAAAAUUUUCCCUCUCACAAUUGAUUCUAUCAUUUUUAUCAAUGUACAAACAUUAAACACACAUAAGGAAUAAAGAAAAUAAUAAUAAUAAAAGAAAAUUAAAAUAGAGAAAAAUUGAAAAGAAAAAAGUGUACAUGUACAUGUUCACACACACACACAUACCUACAUACAUACAUACACAUACACACAUUCGAACAAAUGAACAAACAUAAUUGCUUAUUAUAUAAAUAUAAAUGUUAAUCACAAAACUUACCUACAUUACCUGAUCAUUGUUAAUGUCUAUUUUGUUUAAUCAAUAUACAAUACACUUUUAUUGUAUUUCUAGUUUGAUUCAAUAUGAUAAUUCGUAGAAUGAAUAUGAUUGUUGCGUUGUUUGUUUUUUUUUAUUUAAUUUAUUUAUUAUUUUUAUUGAUUAUUGAACAAUUGAAAUCCUGCGGGGUUUUAAAUAAAAAUCUAAUAACAAUUAAUUCACUAUUGAUUUAAUCAUUGAAUAGAAAUUAUUUUUUAAUUUAAAUCAUCUUAAUGAUUGAUUGGUGAUAAUGCCUACAUUCUUAUAAUGAACUAUCUGAUUUUCAUUAUCAUAAUUAUUAAUUAGUAUGAUUGUUUUAUCACAAAAUGAUGAUAAGAAUGUUUUACCUCAAGAAAAGAAAAUGAUUAUUUUCUCUUGAUCAAUCUAUCUAUCUAUCUAUCUCCAUCUGUCAUUAUUGAUAAUCGAUGAAAAAAUGAUAUCAACAACAACAACAAAAAAGAGGAAAAAUAAACUAACCAAAUAGGAUGGGGAAAAUUUAGUGAAUUUAUUUUCAAAUAAAAAUCUAUAUAUUAGAAAUGAUUAAUUAUUUAAUGAUUUACAUAAUUGAUCUCAUUGUUUUAAAUCAUCAUUCAACUCAAUCUAUCAUGUGUAAUACAUAUAUAUAGAUAUAUAUAGAAACGAAUUGCCUUUCACUGCUGUUUUCUGUUUUAUGACUAAAUAUGAUUGUUUCUUAUUUCAUUAAAUAUUUACAAUCAGAUAAUUUAUAUGGAUGAACUGCUGAAUUUAUUGAUUUCUUUUUCUUUUUACGAACAUUUUAAUUGUUGUUAUGUAAUUUUUUUCUUUUGUUUUUCCUCUUUUCCUUUUUCUUCUUCUUCCAAAAAAAAUAUCAUUUGGAUAUUUUGUCUAUUUGCUCAGUGUUACUAAUUAUCCCCCAUCUCAUAUGUGUUGGAUGAUAAGUAGAUGGGGGUGGUGAUUUCUUUCCUUUUAUAUUUAGUUGUAGUGUCAGUAGAAAUACACAUGUUGUUGUGUUUAGUAGUCAAUUGUGUACUUUAAGUUGGUUAUUCUUAUUGAUAUAUAUGUUAUAUAUCUGUUUACAUUUAUGAGUAUUUGUACUGAUAUAUAUAUUCUUUAGCAUGAUCAACAUUUCGUCCAUUUUCACUUACUAUAAUUAUCGCUUAUUUCAGUCUGUCUCUCUCUCUCUCUCUGACCCACUCACAUGUUAGCAGGAAUCAUUACAUAAGCUGAUUAUUCUUUUGUUUUUCUUCCCUCUUCCUGUUUCCUCGUCAUAUUUUAUUAUUAUUAUUAUUAUUCUUCAUUAUUGUUUGUUUUGUUUUGUUUCUCUUCUCUAAUGAUAAAAUUUAUUUUUGAAUCAUUUGACUAAUUUCUUUUGUAUUCUAUUGAAUAUCUUCAGAAUAAUUCCUAAUCCUUUAUAUAUCCCUGAUCUUUACAACCAUGAUUAAUGUCGUUCAGAAAAUAGGGAAGCAUGAACUACAUUGUAGAUCACAAAGUGAAUACUAACACAAAUACAAAUAUAAGCGUAUGAAUUAUU